CCCCAGGAUGAAUACAUUGUACCAAUUCGUCUUAGUCAUUUUCGCAGAGUCCAUCGUCUCUGUCUCUGUACUGCCAGGCAGGGUUGGAGGCAGGAGGGAGUGUCGCGGGCGGUCACGGACUCAGCAGCAAACAUUGAGGUAGCGCUACGCAUGCGCAAAUUUGUACGGUGAACCUUGAACCUCGGGCUAAAAGAGGCGUUGCUGGUUUUGAGAACCCGACCGGUAACGCCCCCCUUUUCGCUUGCAAUGGGGGAUUUGCUUAUUUUUUUCAUUUUGCCUCUUAGCUGCUUGGCUCAACAUCCAAUGCCGUGCAACAGUGGUUCACAAUGCAGCAACAAUCAGAGCAGUAUCUGCACCUCGGAGGGUGUCUGUGAGUGCAUGAGUGGCUAUUUCACUCCUGGGGGCUCUGCAACUGACUGCAUUAGUCUUGAUGAACCAGAUCCAGCCUGUUCCAUCUAUUCCAGUGAAUGUGUUUUCUGUGGGAGCUCAUACAAUGGCCCUUGCCUCAAGUGCACAAAUUUGGUCACAUCUGAUGGGAAAUGUGUUGACAAUUGUAAUGGAGCCUUUCAGAUCACCAUCAUUCCAAAUACUACUUUAACUGCCAGAGUAUGUGAAGAUCCCACGGAAUCAUCAACCCCACAACUCCCUCAAUGGGCUAUAAUCGUGAUAGCUGUGAUGUCAGGACUUGUGCUCCUAACGGGACUCGUCGUUAUCCUGGUAUUUGCCUUCACGUGGUUCAACAGAUAUAGCUCUGGUACUUUUGAGGUGGAAGAUACAAACACCAGCCUAGUUCAACCGGAAACCUCACAUACUUUUGGAGCUGACUUACGUUUGGAGAGCGAUGUAAGCAACCGACAUACAGAACUUGAUGAUGUGGACUCAGAAAAUGAAUUCUUUCAGAAGCUUGCUUAUCUCAGGAAUCAUGCUGAGGUAUUCCUCAGUAUGUUAAAUGAUAUGAGACGAAGACUGAAAGAGCUUCCACAAGAUGCCCCAACAGCCCAGCAGUAUAGAAAUGUGAUGAGAGAUGUAACACGGCUGCUGUACCUUCUUAACAAAAAAUCGUCAGCAAUAGAAGUUCCUCCUGAUGGAAUACAACUACUGACAUGGUCGGAACAAAUUUUGCAAAGAUACAUGGCAUCACAGGUGUGAUGAAAUAUUUGCACUGUUUUAUUUGCUAGCUGACUUGUGCUCAUUAUUCUAUUCUCUAUUUUAUUCAGGGACAAUCCCCAAGACCAGUUGCACCAAAGAGGCUGAGUGCAAUUGGCGAUCAGGCUGAAACAAACUUUUAAACCCUGGUAGUGGCAUAUUAUGAAGUUUAGUUUUUCCCCACCGUUAACAUUUUCAAUCACAAGGCGCCAGGCGCAGUAGAUAAAAUGCUGAUGAAUAGGCUGCUUAAAAACGUCAUACUCUUGCAUUUUCACUGCACACCCUAUCCCUCCUGAGUUCCAAUAGGUCAAGCAGAGAACCCAAUUCAUCCUCCCACAGCUCAUAAUAAAGGGUGCUUAAUGAUACACUCCAACCAUCCCAAGCUUCCCAUGCACAUCAACUUACUUAUUAUGCCGCACACUCCUACCACAUUUUCAUGGUCAGUCAUCAUGAAACAGACACUCCUUUAUACUUUCUUUUCUCUGUAGACACCCACCUUCUCAUCGAGUUCAUGCAUAUGUCUGACUUGAACUUCAGCACUUGAUUUCGACCAAGCAUCACAUGCAACUCUUCCACCUUGUUAUGUUAGUCCCUCUUCAAACUUUCCAUUCUCCAUCUCAUUAACUCUGUUUCAUACUAUAGAGAGAAAGCCAAUAUUGAAUUUUGUCCAACCUCUGAACUAGAUUAUGUACUUUCUUCCGUUUCUCUGUGGGUUAAUACUCUCUUUCUGAGGAUAGGACGGCAAUGUACGUACCUACGUCUUCCUCUGCCUUGGAUGUGAUAGCAUAAAUAAUAUGAAUAGCACUGAUUAAAAGUGCAAACCUUCGGCGAACUGCGCAUGCGUGAUACCGCUAAGAUUGAUGGGCUGGGCUGG